GAAGGAGAGCGUUACUUUGGACUCGAGAAUGUAAGUACCAUCUGUUUCUAUAGCAACUCGGUCGUCCAAGCUCUCUACUACUGCAAGCCAUUUCGGGAAUAUAAAGAUCAAAAUAACCUCAACCUAUCACCAGGUAUGGAGGACACCUUGUUCGCCGCACUUAAGAAUCUUUUUUGGACAAUAUCCACGCAUAAGAAAAAAACAGGCAUAGUUGCACCUGUGAAUUUUAUUAACAAGGUUAAAAAAGAGAAUGAGCUCUUUAGAUCAAGCAUGCAUCAAGACGCGCAUGAGUUCUUGAACUAUAUCCUUAAUACAAUUGCAGAUGACGUCCAAAAAUAUCAAAGGAAUGUAGCAAAAGAUGCCGGAAGAGAAAAGGAGGAAAAGGAUAGACAGGAAAACAGACGUGGAAACAUAUUAAUACAUUCAUUAGCUGAGAAUUCAGACCACAGUUCGAAUACACAGUCAACGUGGGUUCAUCAACUAUUUGAAGGUGUCUUCUCGAACGAGACCAAGUGUUUAAUGUGUGAGACAGUUACGAGUAGAGACGAGUCUUUUAUGGAUCUUUCUAUCGAUGUAGAAAUAAACUCUUCCGUAACGUCCUGUUUGCGACAAUUUUCAGCCAGUGAAACACUAUGCCACAAAAAUAAAUAUUUCUGUGAUGUAUGCUGCGGAUUACAAGAAGCAGAACGACGGAUGAAAAUAAAAAAACUCCCAAAUAUUUUAGCGCUUCAUUUGAAACGCUUCAAAUAUCAAGAACUACUCCAGAAAUACAUCAAAUUAACAUAUAGGGUAGUUUUUCCCUUUGAGUUACGACUAUUUAAUACGUGUGAUGAAACAGAAGAUGCGGACAGAAUGUACGAGUUGUGGGCAGUAGUCGUUCAUAUCGGAAGUGGUCCUCAUCAUGGCCAUUAUGUAACUCUUGUGAAGAGUAAUGGUCGGUGGAUGUUAUUCGAUGAUGAUAUUGUUUCGGUAAUAACGGUUGAUGCAUAUUUGAGGGGGAGAUGA